AUGGCAUAUUUCAAAAUCCCAACUCUGUUUUUGCUUGUUUGCUCAUUUGGGUCAUCCCCAGCUGGUGGAAUCAGCAACCAGACCGACGAACAAGCUCUGCUCGAUUUCAAAUCCAAGAUUACUUCCGACCCACUUGGAAUCUUCAGCUCCUGGACCAACCACAUCCAUUUCUGCAAAUGGGCAGGGGUCACCUGCGACAACGGCGACGAAAGAGUCACCCGGCUCGACCUCAGCGCUCAUCAGCUCCAAGGCACAAUUUCCCCAUCCAUCGCCAAUCUCACUUCUCUCCGGCAACUCCUGCUCCACCACAACAGCUUCACCGGCGAAAUCCCGCCCGGAAUCGGCGUCCUGGCAAGCCUCCAGGUGCUCCAUCUGAACACCAACUUCCUCACAGGCGAAAUCCCGCGGAAUGUCUCCGCCUGGUCCGACCUCAUCUACCUCAACCUCGGAAUCAACAAGCUGGUCGGGAAGAUUCCCGACCGGCUCGAUACUACGAAGCUCCGGUAUCUCAACCUUGAAUCGAACAAUCUCACCGGCGGCAUCCCGCCGUCGCUCGGCAACAUUUCCUCUCUGGAAACAAUCGGAAUGGGUUUCAACAGCCUGGGAGGAACGAUCCCCGAAUCGUUCGGCCGCCUCGAGAGGCUAUCUGUACUCUCAAUUGGAGGCAACUCUUUGACGGGAAUCUUCCCGCUUUCCAUCUACAACAUUUCCUCGAUUGUCUAUCUCUCUGUUCCCCUGAAUCAGCUUCAGGGGACGCUCCCCGCUGAAUUGGGGAACGUUUGGCCGAAUCUCGCCGAACUCAACAUCGGCCAAAAUCGGUUCACAGGGGCAAUCCCUGCUUCGCUGGCCAAUGCUUCCAACUUGGAGAGGUUAACUAUUACUGAUAACGGAAUCUCUGGAACUCUGCCGUCCUUUGAGAAGCUGCAAAAGCUUUGGUGGCUGAGCAUUUCGUAUAACUUGCUUGGAACCGGUGAAGCGGGUGAUCUCGAUUUCAUUUCCAGUGUCAGCAAUCUGUCGAGUUUACAGUUGGUUUCUCUGGGUUUCAACAAUUUCGGCGGAUCGCUGCCGGAAUCGGUCGUUAAUUUUACAGAGGUUUCGAGUCUGCGAAUGAAGGGUAACAAGAUAACAGGGAGAAUGCCGCGAGGGAUGUCGAAUUUGAAGAAAUUGGAAUGGUUGGAGUUGAGUAACAAUCAGUUUUCGGGCUCUGUUCCUGAAGAAAUUGGGGAAUUGGGGGGGUAUUUGAAAAGAUUGUAUCUUCAGGGGAACAGAUUCUCCGAAGGGAGAAUUCCUUCUUCUUUUGGAAAUUUAACUCAGCUGACGCAUCUAGACAUGGAGCAGAGCUCGAUUCAGGGGGAAAUUCCAUCAAGCUUGGGGAACUGCCGGAGUUUGCUCUGGCUUAAUCUCAACGGAAACAAUCUCACCGGAGAAAUCCCUGGAGAAAUUCUGAGCAUUGAAUCUCUAACCAUCUACUUGGGCUUGGCCGAAAACAGACUCACGGGAUCUCUGCCGAGACAAGUCGGAACCUUGAAGAAUCUAGGAGUACUCAACGUUUCACACAACCUGUUGUCCGGCGAAAUUCCGGCGAGUCUCGGAAGCUGCGUUCUGCUGGAGGCACUUGUGUUGCAGAACAAUUCUUUUCAGGGAGUUAUUCCUUCGUCUUUGAGUUCGUUGAAGGGGAUUCAACUCAUGGAUUUGGCUAACAACAAUUUUACCGGAGAAAUCCCGCAGUUCCUCGGGAGCUUCCGGUCACUCACAACCUUGAAUUUGUCCUUCAACAGAUUCCAUGGCAGAGUGCCGGACGAAGGCUUGUUCAGAAACUCAACGGCGGCUUCCGUUACAGGAAACGGCGAGCUAUGCGGCGGUAUUUCUGAAUUACAUCUGCCUCCCUGCACGAUAAAUAAAAAAGCGAAGAGACUUUCCGUGGAAAUCAUCGCAGCUUCCAUCUUUGUAACCCUUGCUCUGUUUUCAUAUGUCCUGUUUCUGCUCUGUAUCAAGGCUCUGUUUUCAUCUGUCCUGUUUCUGCUCUGCAUCAAGAGAAAGAACAGAGUGGACCCAGAUGCAGAAUCUUCGGCAAGUCCUUUUCCACAAGUGUCUUACCACAGCCUGCGGAAGGCGACGGAAGAAUUCUCUCCCCGGAAUCUGGUCCGAACGGGAAGCUUCGGUUGCGUUUACAAAGGCAUCGACCCAAAAGAUGGGAAAGUUAUCGCCGUGAAAGUUCUUAACCUUCUUCACCCAGCAGCUUCCAAGAGCUUCAGGGCCGAAUGCGAGGUUUUGAGAACCGUCAGACACCGCAAUCUCCUCAAGCUACUAACAUCGUGCUCGAGCAUCGACACUGAAGGGAACGAAUUCAAGGCCUUGGUUUAUGAAUUCAUGCCCAACGGGAGCCUGGAAGAAUGGCUGCAUCAUGACCCUGCAUCUCAAAUCGAAGCGGAGAAGAAGCAGUUGAAUUUGCUUGAGAGAUUGAAUGUGGCAAUUGAUGUGGCGAGCGCGUUGGAGUAUCUUCAUCACGGCCUAAAGACUCCAAUAGUUCAUUGCGAUUUGAAGCCGAGCAAUGUUCUUCUCAAUCAUGAAAUGACAGGGGUUGUUGGAGAUUUCGGGCUUGCCAGACUUUUCCCCGAAGCCAAAGCCAUAGUUAUCAGUCGCAGCCUGUCCUGCAGCUUUGGAGUCAGGGGAACCAUAGGCUACACAGCUCCAGAAUAUGGGACGGGAAACGAAGUAUCUACGAGCGGAGAUGUGUAUAGCUACGGGAUGUUGUUGUUGGAGUUGUUCACAGGGAGGAGACCAACGGAUGAGAUGUUCGAGGACGGUCUGAACCUGAACUUGCAUGCUAAAGUGGAUUCCUGGGAAGAAGCAAAUGAGAUAUUGGACGUAAUUUUGCUCGAUGAGAUUGAAGAAACAAUGAUAUAUGCCGCCAGAAACACUAUAGUUCAAGAAUGUGUUCUUUCAAUACUUAGACUCGGAGUAGCUGCUUCGACAGAAUUGCCCGAGCAGCGGAUGAGCAUCAGUGACAUUGCACUAGAACUGCUUGGAAUCAAGGGGAAACUUGUAAAAAAGUGGGUUCCUGCAAGCAAGCAAAAGACAUAUUGGACGUCUACUUCCGUACGAGAAGAUGGAAGAAACCUCGAUAUAUGCACCAGAAACACUUCCAUUCAAGAUUGUGAGGCAGAAAUAUGA